AUGAUGGGUGCAGUUGGAGUCAUUCUGGUCUUGUCUUGUUGCUUUUUGUCUUUGUUGGAUGCCCAACAGAUCACUCACCCGCUUGAUGUGAGUGCUCUGCAGGCUGUUCGUCGCAAACUGAAGGACCCUCUGAAUCAUCUUCAAGACUGGACAAAGACGGAUCCAUGCGCCUCUAACUGGACCGGUGUCCACUGCAUCUUUGAUCCUUCCGAUGGCUUUCUUCAUGUUAAAGAGUUGCGGUUGCUAAACAUGAACCUCACCGGGCAACUUUCAUCAGAACUCAGCCUUCUAUCUAAUCUCACUAUAUUGAACUUCAUGUGGAACGACCUCACUGGCCAGGUUCCACCAGAACUAGGCAACUUGACUCAUCUCAUCUUCUUGCUACUAAGUGGAAAUAAACUGACAGGGCCUUUGCCUCCAGAACUCGGUUCUCUUUCCAAUCUCUUAAUCCUUCAGAUUGACUACAAUGAAAUUAGCGGAGAACUUCCUACGUCCUUAGCAAAUCUGAAAAAACUGAAGCAUUUUCACAUGAACAACAACUCAAUCUCGGGUCAGAUUCCGCCUGAGUACUCUUCUUUAUCCGACGUUCUGCACUUCUUGAUGGACAAUAACAAGCUAACUGGAUAUCUUCCACCGGAGCUCUCUCAGAUGGCAAGCUUGAAAAUUCUACAAUUGGACAAUAACAACUUCCACAUGACAGAGAUCCCAUCUUCUUACGGAAAGAUACCCAAUCUCGUCAAACUGAGUCUCAGAAACUGCAACUUAAUAGGACCAGUUCCUGAUUUGAGCAAAUCACCGGUUCUCUAUUACUUAGAUAUAUCCUCCAACAAACUCACAGGAGAGAUUCCCAAGAACAGGUUCUCUGGGAACAUCACAACUAUUAACCUGUACAACAAUAUGCUCAACGGAUCCAUCCCUUCGAAUUUUUCAGGCCUUCCACGUUUGCAGAGACUGUCUCUACAGAACAACAACUUAAGCGGGGAGAUUCCUGUGAUAUGGGAGAAGAGGAACUUUACUGCAAAGGAUAAACUUAUCUUGGACUUGAGGCACAACUUGUUUUCAAAUGCGUCAAGCAUUCUAAACCCUCCUUCCAACGUCACAGUCAAGCUUUAUGGAAACCCAGUUUGUGCAAGAGUAAAUGAGCCAAACAUAGCUGAUCUCUGCGGCGUCUCGAUAGUUGAAGUGGAAUCUCCUGGAAAUUCCUCGGAAAACUCAACCACAGGAGACUGCAAAAGCCAGUCCUGCCCCUUAAGCGAAAACUAUGGCUACGUGAUUGGAUCUCCAGUUCCAUGUUUCUGCGCUGCACCCAUUGGCAUUGGACUUCGUCUUAGGAGUCCAAGUUUCUCUGACUUUCGACCUUAUACCGUCGCCUACAUGGUCGAUGUGGCCUCCAAUCUCGGGAUAAACCGCUAUCAGCUGUCUAUUGAAUCAUUCUCAUGGCAAUCAGGUCCAAGACUAGCCAUCAACAUGAAGAUUUUCCCCGAGUACAGUGACUUGAACAGUACAUUCAACACCACAGAGCUUCACCGCAUUGUUGACUUCUUUGCAACUUUCUCUCUCGAUACCGAUGAUUCCCUUGGCCCCUACGAAAUUAUCGAUAUCAGCCUCCUCGGUCCUUACAGAAACGUCAUUCUCAAAUCCCCAAAUAACUCGGGAAUGAGCAAAGCCGUCAAAUAUGGAAUCAUUGUAGGAGCUAUUGCUUUCUUCCUUGCGUUGUCUUCUCUAGCAUUGGUCCUCUUCAUCAAGAGACGAAAACAUAAGAGAAAAAAUAAGAAACUCGACAUGGAACAACAACAGCACAUCCCUAAAUCUCCAAUGAACAUGGAGAGCGUGAAGGGUUACAAUUUCACGGAACUUGAGUCAGCAACAAGCAGUUUCAGUGAUCUGUCCCAGAUUGGCAGAGGAGGGUAUGGGAAGGUCUACAAAGGCCAUUUACCAGGUGGCCUGAUUGUAGCGGUCAAACGUGCAGAGAAAGGAUCUCUGCAGGGCCAAAAAGAGUUCUACACCGAGAUCGAGUUGCUCUCACGGCUACAUCACCGAAACCUUGUAUCUCUGCUUGGCUACUGCGACCAGAAAGGAGAACAGAUGUUGGUAUAUGAGUUUAUGCCCAAGGGUUCUCUUCAAGAAGCACUCUCUGCGAGGUUCAGACAGCCGCUGAGUUACGCGCUGAGACUGAGAAUAGCACUAGGGUCUGCGAGGGGGAUUCUGUAUCUGCACACAGAAGCUGACCCACCAAUCAUCCAUAGAGACAUCAAACCCAGCAACAUUCUUCUAGACAGCAAGCUCAACCCUAAAGUGGCAGACUUUGGAAUCUCAAAGCUGAUUUCACUAGAUGGUGGAGGAGUGCAAAGGGAUCACGUAACUACCAUCGUCAGAGGAACCCCUGGAUACGUGGAUCCAGAGUAUUACUUGAGCCACAGGCUAACAGAGAAGAGUGACGUUUACAGCCUUGGGAUCGUGUUUCUGGAGAUUCUGACAGGAUUGAGGCCCAUAUCACACGGGAGAAACAUAGUCAGAGAGGUGAAGGAAGCGUGCGAAGCAGGGAUGAUGAUGUCGGUGAUAGACAGGAGCAUGGGGCAGUACUCGGAGGAGAGCGUGAAGAGAUUCAUGGAAGUGGCCAUCAGAUGUUGCCGGGACGACCCGGAAGCGCGGCCGAGGAUGCUGGAGAUAGUGAGGGAGCUGGAGAACCUGUACGGGAUGCUUCCAAAAGAGGAGAAGCCAUAUCCAUCAAGCCCAUCGGUGCAAUCAUCUGCCUCGGGAAUGUCAGGAUUCGCGGCUGGGCUUGGGUCUACAAGAGACACUUACAGCAAUUACUCACAGUUCACAGCUAACGAACUCGUCAGUGGCGUCAUUCCCUCCAUCGCUCCCCGCUAG